UGGAGUAAUGAGUUGGCUGCUUGCAUCACCGUGCGCUGCUGACGUGUGGCGUCUGGGAGCUGUCCCAGGAAUCAUGGUGCUGAAGCUGCAGCACCGACUCAGCAGCCAAUGAUCACAGGACGAUCCGGGGCGACGGAUGCUUUCACCCGGAGCAGGACGGUCCGACAGUCGCGUUGGAUUUUCACGCGCGGAUGUAAAAACCUCCGGCCGGUUCCUCGGACACGGGAACGCGAUCAUUGGGGAUGUAAGGUUGACUGAGACUUGCCAGCGACCCGCAGUCUGGCUGGAAAUCCACGGGAAGAAAAAAUCCCGAAACUGUGAAUCGUGGAGGAAUCGGCGGGGAGCUCGCCAGCUGUUUCAUUCAUUGAACUUAAUGGCUUCAGACACUUGUUUGCGUCGAUGGGAUUUAUCAGUCUUUUGCAUUUGCAUCCUCCUGGCAAGACAAUAAAGAAGACAAAAGUAGGAAUAUAAGCCCAUAAAGGACUAAAAAAGGCUGGUUAAAAAACCCCCACCGAGGCUGGAAAACGCACUUCAGCACCCCCACUUUUUUUUUUCCAUCCCACGACGCAUGAAGAGGUGUUUUCUUAUGCCGGGGACACAUCCAGCACAUACCGCUUUCUUCCAGCACCUUUGCACGGUGCUGUGAGUUUGCGUCCGGAGACAGCCCGAUGCUGCGCAGCCAGGGCAUGCUGAAGAGCCGCUGCUGCGUCCUGCUUGGUGACCUGAGGGUGCUCCUGCUCGGGCCACCGGCACCUCCGACACCGCUGCCUCCGCUGACCCCCAUGAGCGGCCAAGCUUCGGAAAGCCAUGAGACAGGCGUGACCGUGCCCGACAACAACAACACGCUGACGCGGAGCCACCAGCACGCGGCGGACCGGAGCGCCCCGCCUGCGACGGGGAGCACCGGGCCGCCGGUGGCGGGCUGGGUGGAUGCUGCAGAGCUGUCGGCGGCCCUGCGCGGCUGUAGCAGCUCCUCCGACGACUGCUCAAAGGGCAAACUGGAGGAGAGGUUCUCCCUCACCAGCUACACGGAAAGUGGCUUCAGGACGCCCGUCUGCAGGAUCUGCUUCCAAGGACCAGAACACGGGGAGCUCCUGAGCCCUUGUCGUUGCAGUGGGUCUGUGCGCUGCACCCACCAGCCCUGCCUGAUCAAAUGGAUCAGUGAGAGAGGCUCCUGGGCCUGCGAGCUCUGCUACUACAAAUAUCAGGUCAUUGCCAUCAGCACCAAAAACCCACUGCAGUGGCAAGCCAUCUCCCUGACAGUGAUCGAGAAAGUGCAGAUAGCCGCGGCCAUCUUGGGCUCCCUCUUCCUGAUGGCCAGCAUCUCUUGGCUCGUGUGGUCGUCUUUUAGCCCCUCGGCCCGCUGGCAGCGCCAAGAUCUGCUCUUCCAGAUCUGCUACGGCAUGUACGGCUUCAUGGAUGUGGUCUGUAUCGCGCUAAUUGUCCACGAGGGACCUUCUGUGUUUCGCAUCUUCCACCGCUGGCAGGCCGUCAACCAGCAGUGGAAGGUCCUGAACUAUGACAAGUCAAUGGACAGCGACGACCUGAAGGACACCACUGUAGACAGGACUCUGCCUCAGCCCAGCCAGGGCUACCAGACUGGGAUAGGAGUGUCCACCUCCACCUCCUCGCUGAUGGUGGUGGCGUCCACGGCCGCCGGCUCCACGUCGACCACCGUGGUGACGGCGGCGGGCGGACUGGGGCCGCACGUGGACCCCGGCGGCGGCGGCGGCGCGGUGCCGGACCAACACUGUCCUUACAGCAUCCUCCACCUGCUCAGCCACCUGAGGCAGCCGGAGGUCCGCAGCCAACCCAGCAAUAGCACAAGAGAGCUGGUCAUGAGAGUCACCACGGUCUGAGGAGUCAGUCGAGGCCUUAUCUCACACGGGGGGGUGGGGGGGUGAAAGAUCUAUGAACCAGCUGACAGUUAACAAAGAAAACAAGCCGUACCUUAACUGCACUGGAUUAAUACCAUGUUCUUGUUUGUUU